UUCUACAAUCUUGUUGUAUUUAUAUGGCACAAAGAUAUACCAGAUUUUGAAAAAAUACAAUAGUAUCAUCAUCAGAUACCCUUUUGCAUGGCAACUUACCCAACUAAAGUAUUUUUGGAAGUUUGACCAGAUCUGUUUGAAAUCGUUUUAGGUGUUAGAGGAAAUCACACGGGUCGAAUUAUCAAGACUGAAUGUAUGAGGAGUGCAAAACAAGGAGAAAAUUACCUUCACUUCUAUGAGAAAUAGCUUGAUGAUAGCUAAUGAUGAUGCUCUUGAGGUGUCUUAUAAUUGUCGAUGAAAUCUGAGAUGGCCUUAUGUACAUCUGACAAAAAAGCAUUGAAGCGGAGCACCUGUGGACUGGACUUGGUGAACAUUAAACUGGAUUUUGAUUGGGAAGAUGUUAAAUGCUCGAUCUGUUUGGAAUUUCCUCACAAUGGGGUACUACUUUGGUGCUCUUCACAUGACAAGGGAUGUCGGCCUUUCAUGUGUGAUACUGGUCAAAACCACUCAAAUUGUUUGGAGCGGUUCAAAAGUGCAUAUGGAGUGCCUGCUGUUUUAGAAGUCCCAUCUGGUCCAAAUGGUGUAUCUGUGACGUUCAUUCAAGGCACCCCUUCAAGCUCCGGCGGCCUUCCAACCUGUCCACUGUGCAGGGGAGAUGUAACUGGUUGGCUUAUUAUUGAUGAUGCCCGUUUUUACUUGAACAUGAAGAAACGAUGUUGUGAAGAGAAACAUUGUACAUAUGUUGGCAACUUUUAUAAGCUCCAGAAACAUGCUCAACGGAAACACCCCCAUUCACGUCCUUCUGAAAUUGAUCCUGCACAAAAACUAAAGUGGGAAAAGUUCCAGCAGUCAUCAGAGAUGAUAGAUGUCUUGAGCAUCAUAAAUUCAGAAGUACCCCAUGCCGUGGUAUUGGGGGACUAUGUCAUUGAGUAUGAGGACUCAGAAAUUGGUGAUGAGUAUGAAGAUUUUCGUAGGAGGAGGGGCAAAUGGUGGACCUCUCUUUUAUGUUGUAAACUGUUUCUGAGCUUUAGGGGUUUGAGGAAUCGGCGGAGAUCCAGAAGACGUGUACGAAGCAAUCAUUGGUCAAACUAUGAUGGUUUCUAUGUAGGUGAAGAUUCUUCAAGGUCUGUAGAUAUAAGAGGUUACAGAUUUCCUGCAACUGAUGUUCAAUUUGAAAGAACCGCUGUUGGUGGUGCCACAAGAUCUGUAGACACAAGAGAUUACAGAUUUGCUGAAACCAAUGAUGAACUUGCAAGAACUGCCAUUGGUGCUGCCACAGGGUCUGUAGAUACAAGAGAUUACAGAUUUACUGAAACCAAUGAUGAACUUGCAAGAGCUGCUGCCAUAAGACCUGUAGAGUUAAGAGAUUACAGAUUCGCUGAAACCAACGAUGAACUCGUAAGAACUGCUGUUGGUGCUGCCACAUCACUGGCGAUUCCCAAUCAAUACAGGUGGGUUUAA